UCUUCCCUCUUCCCUUUUCCUCUUUUUAAAAUCUAAACAGCACACAUAGAAAACAAUGCAUCAGAGAGCAACAAUUUGAUCUCUUCAAGCAUAAAUUACUCAAAGACAGCAACACCCUUGAUGCGAUGGGAUCAAACGAAAGCAAGCUCUCCAACAACAAAAGUACCAAGAAACAUCCGCAUACUACUGCUACAGCAGCCACAACCACAACCACCACAGCCGAGGGUACCGGUGGAAGAGCAGCAGCAGCUCACGAAGAAACAAGCAGCAACAAUGGGAGUAGACGCGGCAUCCGAUUUCUUGGGCGAGGCCACCCAAAAGGAAUUAAGAAGGACCAACAACAGCAGGCAGAACAGCCACAGCCGGGUGCACAGCCAGUCCAGAACUACAAUAGUCCAAGCUGUACCCCAAGCAGCGCAUAUACAAGCACACCAGGAGGAGGUGCUGGACGACGGCCGAGCCUAAAGAUGGGCUGGCAUAGUAACAACAUAAUCACCAUGAUCAAACACCCUCAAGCAUCCAUGAGGAGAAGCUUCAGUAGUGGAAGCGCGAGCACCGAUUCCAGUGAUACAAGCAAGACAGCUACGUCGGCGCACAAUUUGGACAAUUGCAGCGCCACCAACUAUCUAGCCGACGGUACUAGUUCUGCUAUGAUAUCCGCUGUAGCCACUGCCAUGACUGUGGGUACGCCGUCCAUGGACAGCCGUACAAGCAGCUUCCCAAACAACACUACUACUGGUAGAGACAAUGGAAACACCCAGCAGCAGCAGCAGCAGCAGCAAAUAGAACAACAUACACCACUAUCGCGUAGCACUAAUACACAGUUUGCCAGCAACAACAACAAUAACAACAACAAAGUCAGUAAUGAGCAGAUUCAAAUAGCUCAAAAUGCAGGGGCAUUACUCCAUCCCGCGAAAUCGCAAAAGAUUAAUUGUGUAAGAGAAAACACUGAACAUGAGGCGCAAAUAGACCGAACGGGUGAACGGUUGUUAAAAGAACUGUAUCUUUUACCCGAAUCAGACAGUCGCCGACGCAAAGAACGAGACAGGCAGCAACGACAACAUUAUCUGCUAAAAUAUGUGUGGCGCGCCAAUUUCAAAGUGCCCCUUCAGUCUCCCACUUUGAUUGUCAACUGGUGUUGUGGUACAGGCAUCUGGGCGAUGGAAAUGGCACAGCAGUUUCCGACCUGCCAAGUGAUCGGGAUGGAUUUCCAAUCGGCCACCUUGUCGAGCCUGGGCCGGUCUAUCAACAACCUCAGCUUCCAAAAUAUCGUUGUGCAACACGACACGACCGGCCUUGAAUCGUUACAGGAAGGCUCUGUGGAUUAUUUGAUGAUGCGGGACGUAUGGCUGGUCAAUUCGCCCGCUCACAAAUGGGUAGAGACCCUGAAACAAGUCUUUCGCGUGCUGAAGCCAGGAGGCUGGGUUGAGAUUUACGAGCAAGAUCUCAUUGUAAAUUCCCCAGGACCACUCUUGAAAAUUGUCGACGAUUGGUUUACAAACUUGUUUAAGGACGUUGGCAUUCAGCGCAAAUUUGGUGACCAAAUAGCGUCGAUGAUGCACCAAACUGGCUACGUCGAAAUAGAUGAGCGGGCAAUCGAGUUGCCUGUUGGUGAAUGGAGUUCGGUUCCUGGUAAGCAACCCUACCGUGUUACACGUGUCUUACAUGGUAGAAUCAAAUAUCCUCAUAAAAUUACUUUUUAUAUAUAUGCAGCAUUGAAAGAAACCGGAUAUCUUUUUAUGGAUUUAAUGAUGAGACGUUAUCGAACGUUUGCACCAUGGGUAUGCGAAUUUAAUGACAUCUCACUCAAUGAAGUGAACGACGUUCUGGAUAAGUGGCCCACUGAAUGUGAGGAAUACAAGACAUCGAUGUGUUGGAGAUAUUUUGCAGCCCAGAAGCCUGCUAUUAUAGAGAAAGCCGGUCUUUCUACAUAGAACGAGAAAAAAGUUACGCACUCGAUACCCUAUUUUCUAUAUGCAUUUUUUACAACUUUAUAUCAUCAUAUUUUUUAUAAUACAUAUAUACAUUUUACAUGACCCUAUCCUUCUAUCUUGUUCAACUUGUUAGUGUGUUUGGUAUAAAGAUCUUGGUAAAUUUGGCGGUGUCUUGAUUGUCGGCACCAGUAAGAGAUUAUCUACUGUAUACUAUUACAAAAUCGACUGUAUGAAUCAUAAGCAUAUGCGAAACCAAAGAAAAAGCAACGAAGGGGCAAGAGAAAGAACAAAGCAGGUUGAUACACGAACUUAAAGCAAAGAGAGAAGCCAAUGUGUGUACCUAGCCAAUGACAAGAAGAGCUAGUAUUCCUCGACAAAGUAUGCGAUAUAUUCCGUCAGACAUUGAAUGGGAUAUGAGAAUGUUUUGCUACGGGUUGAAA